AUAUCAAUUAAUACGAUGGUGGAUUACAGCAAAUGGAAAAAUAUUGAGAUCUCCGACGAUGAAGACGAAACCCACCCAAACAUCGACACACCAUCCCUAUUCCGUUGGCGUCAACGCAUGGAGCAGAUGCAGAAGGAGCUCGAGGAGCACGAGAAAACCAAGAAGGAAAACGAACGCAAACGAACCGAAACAAGAAAAUUAAAAUCUACAUCUGGGGGCGACAUCGGACUGAAAAAAUCCUUGGCCAAUCUCGAAAUGGAAGCCGAAAAACUCAAACAGAAGGAGGAAGAGAUCAAGAAAAAGGAAAAGACGACUCCGUGGAAUGUGGAUACUAUCAGUAAAUCGGGAUUCGAGAAAACUGUUAUUAAUAAACAAGUCAAGCCUAAGGAGGAUAAUUUAACGGAGGAGCAACGCGAGGCUAACAUGAGAGAGUUUAUUAAGAAGUAUGAGAAGGAGUUGAAGGUCUUUGGGAUGAUGAGGAGGUACGAUGAUUCCAAGAAGUAUCUGCAGGAGCACACUCAUCUGGUUUGCGAGAACACGGCUAAUUAUCUGGUUAUCUGGUGUAUCAAUCUGGAGAUGGAGGAGAAGCACGAUCUGAUGGAGCAUGUUGCACAUCAGACGAUAUGUAUGCAGUAUAUGCUGGAGCUGGCGAAGCAGCUGGAAGUCGAUCCGAGGGCUUGUGUAUCCUCGUUCUUCUCCCGUAUCCAAAUAGCAGACAAGGAGUACAAAAACUCCUUCGACGAUGAACUGAGAUCCUUCAAGGAGAGAAUAAGGAAGAGGGCCGCCGAGAAGAUCGCCGAAGCCGUGGCCGAGGCCGAGGAGGAGGAGCGACAGGCCAGGCUGGGGCCGGGAGGGUUGGAUCCGGCCGAAGUCUUCGAAUCUUUACCGGAGGCCCUUCAGAAAUGCUUCGAAGCCCAAGACAUCCCGCUCCUGCAAGAGACCAUUGCCAAGAUGCCCGAAGAGGAGGCCUGCUAUCACAUGAAAAGAUGCGUCGAUUCAGGCCUUUGGGUUCCCGAAGCCAACAAAGACAAGGAUAAAGAUAAAGAUGAUAAGGCUGAUACGGAACCCGUUUACUCCGAUGCAGCUCCAUCUUCAUCGUCGACAAACUAAAAGAU